AUGCACGCUGUCUUUCUUGGGGAGGUCAAGCAUAUCAUACAGCAAAUAAUAGUGCACAACUUGGCAACCCUACUGCCCAUCACAUUGUAUUGUGUGUGGGAGCACAAUAGAGAGAUUCCUGAUCAUGAUUCUCCUAAACCAAGCCUGAGGACGAAUACCAGAGCUGUGUUCUACAAGACAAAGAGACUCCUGCAAAAAUGUCAGAGAAUCUGGACAACAUUGUCCAUUAUGCCAGAUGAAGCUCGGUGGGCUCAAGAACUUCAUGUGUGUACCUGUUGGGCAUGGUCACUUAUGUAUUGUCAUCUAACCCCUAAUUUUUGUCUCUUCACACACAGGAAUUUGUUUAUUUAUUGUCUGGGCCCUGUUUACGGCUUCCAGUUGUUUGGACCUGAGGCCAACAAUGGACGACUCAUCAAAGUCAACACCAAUAGACAUACUGGGGGAGAGCUUGAAUCCACCAUGAUGUGGAGCUAG